CACAUCCCAGUGUUUUGGUCAUGAGUCGGUGAUCCUGCUCAGCAGCUGCCUGUCGGUCACUGCCACACGAAAAGCGAGAGUUAGAUAUUCAACAGAGCAGGCAGAUAUUCGGACCUCUCUUCUUUAAUGUAGUUCAUUCAGCCUGUAUGUGAAUGACAGCAUGUUUUCCUAGCUUCGGAGGCUUUCCCCGUCAUGACCUCACCGGGCCGCCCCUCCAGUUGAAUGGGAUCCCUCAUCGCUUCUCUGUCGCUCGUCUUGGCACCGACUGUCUCCGCUGCUGCUGCUCCAAAGCCCCGGUUUUAGGAUCUGUGAGCUUUUGGUCUCUCUAAUCAGUUCAUUAAUGGUUUGAUGCGAAAGCCGCCUGUCUGAUCGGUAGAGAAGAAACGACGCCAAAUCUCCGGUAACCUGCGCGUCAGGGGCCUUGGCCAUGGGGGGAUCCAAGAGUAAGCCCAAGGAUGGAGGCCAGCGAACCCGCAGCCUCGAUGGCAACCUCAGCUCUGGAGGAGGGGCUGGUGGCCACCACCUCAACUCCAAUCAACAGUCCUUAACACCCAACCGUAGCCCUACUAUGGAUGGAGGUAUCAGUGGGAGUCAAUCUAUGGCCAAUAACGCAGAGCUGGCCCUGUUUGGAGGUGUGGACAAUAACAGUGUCACCUCUCCCAACAGAAUCACACUAGCAGGAGGUGUGACGACCUUCGUGGCACUGUAUGACUAUGAGUCUCGAACAGCCUCAGAUCUGUCUUUCAGGAAGGGCGAACGCCUCCAGAUAGUCAACAACACGAGGAAGGUGAACUGCAGAGAAGGGGACUGGUGGCUGGCGCGCUCCCUGACCACUGGAGAGAGCGGUUAUAUCCCCAGCAAUUAUGUGGCUCCAUCCGACUCCAUCCAGGCAGAAGAGUGGUACUUUGGCAAAAUCACACGCCGCGACUCAGAGAGGCUGCUGCUAAGUUUAGAGAACAGGAGAGGGACUUUCCUGGUGAGAGAGAGUGAGACCACCAAAGGUGCUUACUGUCUGUCUGUAUUGGACUAUGAUAACACCAAAGGGCUGAAUGUGAAGCACUACAAGAUCAGGAAGCUGGACAGUGGAGGCUUCUACAUCACAUCACGCACACAGUUCAGCGCCCUGCAGCAGCUUGUUAAUCACUAUCGGAAGCAUGCUGAUGGGCUGUGUCACAGCCUAACAGACAUUUGUCCUGUACUGAAGCCUCAGACACAGGGCUUAGCCAAGGAUGCCUGGGAGAUCCCCAGAGAGUCCCUGCGUCUUGACCUUAAGCUUGGACAGGGCUGCUUUGGAGAGGUCUGGAUGGGAACAUGGAACGGUACAACACGUGUGGCUAUCAAGACCUUGAAGCCUGGGACCAUGUCCCCCGAGGCUUUCCUCCAGGAAGCUCAGGUCAUGAAGAAACUGAGACACGAAAAGCUGGUUCAGCUCUACGCCGUGGUAUCUGAGGAGCCGAUCUACAUCGUCACAGAGUACAUGGGGCAAGGUAGCUUACUGGACUUCCUGAAAGGUGACAUGGGUAAGAUGCUCCGCCUCCCCCAGCUGGUGGACAUGGCCUCACAGAUUGCAUCAGGAAUGGCGUAUGUGGAGAGGAUGAACUACGUGCACAGAGACCUCAGAGCUGCUAACAUCCUGGUGGGAGAUAACCUGGUUUGCAAAGUGGCUGAUUUUGGUCUGGCUCGCCUCAUUGAGGAUAAUGAAUACACUGCCAGGCAAGGGGCCAAGUUUCCCAUCAAGUGGACAGCUCCUGAGGCUGCUCUGUACGGCCGCUUCACCAUUAAAUCUGAUGUCUGGUCAUUUGGGAUCCUGCUGACUGAACUGGCCACCAAAGGCCGGGUGCCCUAUCCAGGUAUGGUGAACCGGGAGGUGUUAGACCAGGUAGAGCGUGGCUACAGGAUGCCGUGCCCAGCUGAGUGCCCUGAAUCCCUCCAUGAGCUGAUGCUGACCUGCUGGAGGAAAGAGCCCGAGGAGAGGCCCACCUUCGAGUACCUGCAAGGCUUCCUGGAGGACUACUUCACCUCCACGGAGCCUCAGUACCAGCCGGGAGAGAACCUGUAACUGGGCUGAACGUAGAUAUGUGCAUGUGUUAUGCAUGCGCAAAACUGAGCAUGUGCAUCUGCUUUAGAGUGCAUGGGACAAGUAUGAGUGAGGGUAUGUGUGUACAGUAUGACGGGGCAGAAAGCCGACAGCAGUCUGGGUACAAUCAGUAACUCUCUGACAUCAAGGAUUGUCAGUGGGACAUCAAAACAAUCAGCGACAUUCAGUUCCUGCCUCUUUCCAAAGUCAUUCUCAACACUCGCCACCAUGUCAGCCAAGAGGGACUGUUUUCAAAGGAAGGGACUAAACUGUCCUGUUAUUUCAA